AUGAACAGUGAACAGCUGCAAAGUUGGUUGAAUGAAUUGAAUGAACGAUGUCAACAUGAUGAGAAAUCAUUCAGUGGAGUUGAACGAUCACGAAAUACGCUUAACGAAGAAUCUGAUAAGACCAAUUUAUUAAUUGCAUACGUGAAAUGCAAUUAUGCCGAUAUCGACCUAACACAACCGAUUGUCGCACAACUUCUAGCAUGCUACUAUCGUGGAGGUGUACUGCGCUAUUUUGCAUUACAAUUUGUACCGUCCUUCAUCUACAUAUAUUUAUUGGCAUUAGCGAAACGCCAAAAGCGUUCAGUUUGUAUGCUCGAGACAUUCUUCAUCGCCAUUUAUAACGAAGAAAUCUUAGCCGUCGAUACUGGCUUGUCGUCACCCCUAAAGAAGGUCGAAGAGAUUCGUAUACCGUCAGUGCGCUAUCCAAGCGUUUAUCACGAUCCGAAGAAACUUACGUCAACAAUCGAAAUUAUGCCACCUAAAUCUGGGACUCCAGCCUAUGUUCAGAUGACCGUAAGAAUCGGUCCGUAUGAUUCAGUUGAUCGUCUAAUACCAGAAAAUAGGCAAUCAGUCUUAACGAGAUUGCUGAAAUCGGUAAACAGUUGUUUGUAUAAGUUGGCUCAAGAUGUUGUUUGUCGCAGUUUGUGUUUGAGCACAAUGGCGUUAUGUCAAAGUGGCUUUUCGAUUCCGGAAAGUGAUUUUCGAUCACGAAUCUUCAUCACUGAACCGAAUGGUGAAAUAUUGGACGACAUUUCGAAAAAGCCACGAAUUCAUCUAUCGUCGCAGUACUUGCUGGAAGCACUGAAUGGUGUUUAUUUUGCACUCUUCAAUGGCGCAUCAGAAUUGGCGAUUCGAUCAAUCGAUGCAAUACAUCAACGCGCCAUUUUUGAACUUUAUUCUGAUGUUAUUCUGGUGACGAAUAGCAUCAGAAAUUCAUUAUUGGAGAGUGUGUAUCGCAGCACCAGAUUGAGUGGUAUUACCGACGAGAGUAAUACAUUAAAACAACAGUACCGAUCAUCGACGAAUGCCAAUUAUUUGGGUGCUGAAAACCGACGAAAACGCUCGGAAAUGGUGACGAACGCAUCAUUACGUGUGAAGAAAAUGCCUGAGGAUAUUUCGGUGGUGCUCAGUGAUUCUGAUGAUGCAACGAGAAAAGAAUCUUCGUCGUUCGUUGAUGGUGUGGAAGGUCUUCGUAAAAAGAUCGCAAUGAAAAUUGAUCAUCGUAAAGCGAGUGGGACAUUUGGAUAUCAUCGAAAAAAGCAGGUAAAUCAGGUGAUUGCGUCAUCGAAUCUUAUUGAAAUAAGCGCCCAAGAGAGCGGAGGAGGUGCAAGUGAUAGAUGUGUAGGCCCAGGUGGUGAAAUCGAGUUAGAUGUGAUUAGUGAAGAGGCUCGACAAACAGAUUUCAUCGUGGAGCAUUUAGCAGAUUUGAAUGAUGGACAACGAACGGGUGCUGAUAGUACUGACAAUGAUAAGCAGUUAGCGACAGGCUUAAUAACAACUAAUUUGGAUAAGAAUGAUAGAAUGAAAAUGAAGAAGAGUGUUGAUGCACUGUCACUUCAGCAACCUUCAGUUGUGGUCGAUGAUAGCAGCUUGACAACGAAAGGAACAAGAGCGGUAAAUAUUACGAGUAAUCGUAAUGAAAAUUUGGUUCAAAGUGCUGAUGAUAAUGAUCAAAAAGAUGGAGGAAAGGGACAAAAAGAAGAAAUUGCUUUUUUUGGUGGUGAACGGACGACAAAUUCAGCAGCUGGUGAUGCGCGGGAGAGAAGGACUAGUAGUGGAAGAACGAUUCCUAUUGAUUUGGGCCGAGGAGAAGUAAUAAGUGAAUAUGGGAUAAAGAAAAACGAUAACAUUGGAAAUGUUCAUGACGGUGGUGGUCGAAUUUACUCACCAGUGCAAUGCACACUUCCGUCGUCCAGCGUUGUCGUCGAUUCAUUGAACACGUUAUCUGUGAAUAUAAAUUCAAACGACCAAACUUCCGAGCCAGCAGAAUCACGCUCCUAUUUGGUGAUCACUAGUAUCCCAGACGGGAGUCAUGACAUAGCAACAACAACAGCAAUAAGAUCAAACAAUAUUUAUAAUAAUAAUAGUGAUAAUGAAUCAAUGUCGAAAUGUACAUUGGUUCAAAAAGUAAUACCUCCUGAUCAUGUAAUGUCAACAAUAAUAUCGAGAAUAAGUGAAGGCACAACAACGUCGAAAAGCAGGGGUGACACAGAUGCUGCAGUCACUUUCAGCAGACCUCAUCAUGCUAAUGAUAGUGGUAAUUACCGUCGUGUUCUCCAGAACAUACAACAUAUAGAUAGUGCUAGUGUUGAGUGCGAAACUGAUGAAGAAUGUGAGCAGGUGACACAGCUCUAA